CCUCUGAACCAGGUUAUUAUCUGAGGUAAUUAAAGGCGACUCCAGUGUGCAUAGGAUCCUUAUUGUGUGAGGGAUCAUCUCAGGAUGUUCAGGAUCUUGCUGCUCCUGUUUGCCGUGGCUGGUCUCCAUGCAACUCCACUGCACCGAUUCCCAAAUGGUAAAUUAAAACAAAUUGGGCCACAAAUGGUCCAAGAUGAACACAGGGACAGCUCAGUUCUGAAGCACAUGAACAAUGAUGUAAAACCCAAGAAGCAAUUACCAGUUCCAGCUGAGUUCUGCAGACAGGGAACAGAACCUUCCAGACGCUUCCUGAUGGACCUGAACACUGGGAUGCUCAAGCGUGGAGUUGGUGAAAUGAACAAAAAAGUUUCAGGAUUGGAUGAGUUCAAACAAAGCACUGAGAACCAGCUGCACACCCAGCAAGAGCUCAGAAUGCGUCCCAUGAUGAGAUCGCAGUACAGAGCUCAGAGCGAAAAACACGAGCAGAGAGCAAUCCCUGCCGAGGUGUACAGAAAAGGCACUGAAACUUCCAGAAAUGUCCUGAUGGACCUGAACACCGGUCUGCUCAAGGAACACAUGAACAAGUUGGACAGGAGAGUAGUGGGCUCAGCUAAAUGGGAAGUGGUUUCUGAGCAUGAGGACAUAAGAAGCCAAGACUCUUCUGAACAUAAGAAGAACCACAAAGUAGUUCCUGUUGAGAUUCGUAGACAGGGAACAGAACCUUCCAGACGCAUCCUGAUUGACACGAGCACUGGGAUGCCCAAGGAGGAACUCAGUGAAAUGAACAGAAGAGUUUCUGGCUUCUACAAUCUAGCACCUAUUGAGAAGAGGCAAGGAACAGAACCUUCCAGACGCUUCCUGAUGGACAUGGACAGUCGGAUGCUCAAGCAUGUGGUUGGCGAAAUGAACAGAAGAGUUUCCGGCUUUUACAAUCCUCCACCUUAUGAAAUGAGGAAGGGAACCCAGAAUUCUCGCACCACUCUGGUGGAUCCCAGAACUGGUCAACUGCUGGCUUCUCUAACAGAGCUGCAGAGGAGCACAUCGCCAUUGGAUGAGUUCAGACAAGGCACUGAGUACCAGCCAUACAUCCUACAGGAGCUCAGGGUGUGUAUGCUGAAGAAACAAUGCACUGAAACUUCCAGAAAUGUCCUGAUGGACAUGAACGCUGGUCUACUCAAAGAACACAGGAAUGAGAUGGACAGGAGAGUAGGGGGCUCAGCUAAAUGGGAGGUGGUUUCUGAGCAUGAGGACAUAAGAAGCCAAGAUUCUUCUGAACAUAAGGACAACCACAAAGCAGUUCCUGUUGAGGUCCGUAGGCAAGGAACAGAACCUUCCAGACGCAUCCUGAUUGACACGAGCACUGGGAUGCCCAAGGAGGAACUCAGUGAAAUGAACAGAAGAGUUUCUGGCUUUUACAAUCCUCCACCUUAUGAAAUGAGGAAGGGAACCCAGAAUUCUCGCACCACUCUGGUGGAUCCCAGAACUGGUCAACUGCUGGCUUCUCUAACAGAGCUGCAGAGGAGCACAUCGCCAUUGGAUGAGUUCAGACAAGGCACUGAGUACCAGCCAUACAUCCUACAGGAGCUCAGGGUGUGUAUGCUGAAGAAACAAUGCACUGAAACUUCCAGAAAUGUCCUGAUGGACAUGAACGCUGGUCUACUCAAAGAACACAGGAAUGAGAUGGACAGGAGAGUAGGGGGCUCAGCUAAAUGGGAAGUGGUUUCUGAGCAUGAGGACAUAAGAAGCCAAGAUUCUUCUGAACAUAAGAAGAACCACAAAGCAGUUCCUGUUGAGGUCCGUAGGCAAGGAACAGAACCUUCCAGACGCAUCCUGGUUGACACGAGCACUGGGAUGCCCAAGGAGGAACUCAGUGAAAUGAACAGAAGAGUUUCUGGCUUCUACAAUCUAGCACCUAUUGAGAAGAGGCAAGGAACAGAACCUUCCAGACGCUUCCUAAUGGACAUAGACAGUCGGAUGCUCAAGCAUGUGGUUGGCGAAAUGAACAGAAGAGUUUCUGGCUUUUACAAUCCUCCACCCUAUGAAAUGAGGAAAGGAACCCAGAAUUCUCACACCACUCUGGUGGAUCCCAGAACUGGUCAACUGCUGGCUUCUCUAACAGAGCUGCAGAGGAGCACAUCGCCAUUGGAUGAGUUCAGACAAGGCACUGAGUACCAGCCGCACACCCUGCUGAAGUUUAGGAUGAUGCAUCACAUUGUUAGACCUAAGUACAGAGCUUAGGACGUGAUUAGAAUUGAUGAGGCCUGGUGGACAACGUUUGGCUGUGUUUGUACCCUAUGUCUGCAUGAAGACCAUCUCAGUACAUCUAGUUGACUUUUUCUGUAGUGUUCAGAAGUUUCAAGCAAUAAAACUUUCAUGCCAUAUUUGGCAUGGUCUCAAACGUUAUAUCUGCAAAAUAAAGCAUUAACAAAAUCA